GUUUAUUGUGACAUACGUGCAAGAUGAAAGUAAUUAAGCUUGAUUUCGGUGAGGUAGAAAUUGGCAAAACAGCGGUGAAGAUGAUAGAUAUAUGGAACGAAUCUUACAGAGAACAGAUAUACCAAGUUCAAAGGGAUCCAAUCACGAAUCCAUUGGAUCACGUAUUUCAUUUACGUUCUUACACUUGGACUCUAGCACCCGACGAGAACUAUUCAUGCGAGAUAUGCUAUCGGCCACACGUUGCGUUUUCAAAGAACGUUGACUAUUUUAUAAUUGUAGAUAGCAGUGCAGAAUGUACGAAAAUUAUCACUUAUGGAUCUAGUAUCGGUCCGCAAGUAACUUGUUCAGUAAGAAAGAUUUUCAUGAGUUGUACAAUGGAGAAUCCAGAGAUUAAGAGGCGAAUUAAAUUAACGAAUGACUCUAAUGUUGCCGCGACCUUUAUGUUUAAUAUAGACGAAAAACAUAAGCCAUUUCAAUUAGACACAAGAUACGGUAUUAUCAAUCCUUGGUCUCAUAAGUAUAUUAGAAUUACGUUUACAUCGUCGAAAGAGGGGAGAUAUACUUAUUAUUUGGUUGUUUUGAUUUUAUAUCAAGAACCAAUUAUUAUAGAAUUAUAUGGCUGCUGUAGCUCGUUAACUCUUAAGAAAGGCACCGUAGAUGCUGUUACUUUUCCUUUGAAAGCAAAAGAUGGUUUUAAAGGGUAUAUGAAAGAUGUUAUUGAUAGAUUAGGAGAUAUUCCACCAAUAUCGUUGUCAAAGCAUUAUUUUAAUCUUGGUCAAGCUGAUGUAGAUAUAGAAAGUAUAAAUCCAAGAAUACCUCAUUCGAUAUGCCUCACAAAUCAUAAUUAUUCAAAUUUGCUAAUUACUUGGGAAAGAGAUGCUGAUAAAAUUUUUAAUAUAACACCUUCUGAAUUGUUAGUCCUUGCACAUCAAUCCGCUUUAUUUGAACUUACAUUUAAUCCUGAUAUAAAAUGUAAUCUUUAUGGAAGAAAGAUUAUUUGUUCUGUUUUUUUGGAAAAUAAAAAGCUCUCUACUUUUCCAUUUGUUACAUCUGCAACCAUGAUAGGUCAUUCUUUUCCUGUUACUUCAAAUGGAUGGAUUCCACAGUAUGAAAUACCUCAAAUUGUAAUAAUGCCUCCAUGUGUACCACCAUAUCCAGUUUAUACCACUUUCCUCAUUAAAAGAUUUGGACAUUUACCUCUCAUGUUUCAAUUUGUUUCACCAUCGACAAGUUAUUUUCUUGUAAAACCAAUGAUUGGUGUAAUUUAUCAGGAUUAUCAAAUAAUUGUGGUUGAAAUGACACCUAAAUUUCAGAAUGAACAGAUUUAUAUAGAAAGAUGGACAGUAUAUUUUAAUGGAAAUAUGAAAGAUGAACAUUAUAUAGAUUUUAAAGGAUACGCAGAGUAUGCAAAUAUUGUUUUUAGCAAUAACAAUACAUUAAAUUUUCCAUCAGUUAUGUCAGGUUGUCAACAGUUUUUAGAAUUUGCAAUGAGAAAUGUUACUCGUCAUAAAAUAAAAUAUCAAUUUUAUCAAUUGCCACCUGAAUUUAAUAUGCAAUGUAUAAAUGGAGAAAUUGAUGCAAAUGAUACUUUAAAUCAAGAAUGCACCUUUUUUCCAACUACGCCAGAUAUAGACUAUGAUUUUGAGGUACAAUGCAUUAUAAUUGUCGUAAAAAGUGGAAUAACUGUUGGAUCGAAAUGCUGCGCAAUUCUACGCGUUCGUGGAAGUAGCAAAAUAGGAUCAUUAAAGGCAAUUCCAAAAGAAUUACAUUUCGGAGAGUUGGAAUAUAACGAUACCAAAACGUUGCAUUUCGAUCUUAUUAAUUCUAGUUCAGUAAAUAUUUAUUAUAAACUAAUUUGCGUUCAUCGUAACUGGCCUUUUGAAAAUAUUGAAGAUGUUAAAUUACAUCCAGUAUCAGAAACGAUUUUCGCAGGAUCACAGCAAAGAAUUAUGGUUUCCAUUAGUCCGCGUACAGCAGUGUAUUAUGAAUUUGUAAUUCAAUAUCUGAUAAGAAUUAAUUUUCAAUCAGAUAUAUUAAUAGAUAAACAAGAUCCAGUACAAAUUUGUAAUGUGUGCUGCAUGUGUAUCUUACCAACAAUGAAAGUACAAAAUAUAUGUGCGUUUGCAUAUAAUCAGCAUUGUUCAAUACAUAUAAGCAAACAUUUUUUAUGGGAAAGACUGCAAGUAAAUAAAUUAAAUGAAGUACUAGAAAACAUACUGCCAGGAGAAACAAGAACUAUAAAUAUCAAUCUUUUCCCAAUGCUCAUAAAUAAAGGAACUAUGUUCGUAGAAUGGAUAAUGACCAAUCUCUCAUCAUUCCCUAUUAAAUUGGCUUCAAAAAGAAUCAAAACAUGUUCUUGUAAACCUGUGGUUCGUUACAAAACAGUUCGUUAUUUACCUCAACAUGCAGAAACUGAUUGUGUACAUACAGAUCUUUGUGUAAUGUACAUAAAAUCGGAAAUAUUAAAAUCAAAGGAAGAAACCGUGAUUGGUAUGAAAAUUCAUUACUCAUUAGCCGGAAAAACGAUAAUAUGUUGGGAAUUAAAUAUUGGACAUGAUCGUCGUAUUAUGUUAAAUGUAAUAAUUGAUUGUUUAACCGAGUCUGAGUCCCAAAAUAAUUUCUUAAGCACUACACUCGUAAAUUUCGGAAAAACUUAUUUUGGAAACAAGGGAGCAAUGUAUAGGGUAAAUUGGAUAUUCAAUAUUACAAAUAAUGAUUUGCCGUAUUCUGUAAAUAUUAGUAAUAUCUGCGAAAUGAAUGAAAGUUAUCAUUGUCAGAUUUUUUCAUGUUUAACACAAUAUGGUACUAUAAAAAGUGGAACAGCUGCACCUCUUCUUUUGAAGUUUGAACCAAGAAUGUUUGGUGUAUAUAAGAUAACAGUUCCAAUAACUAUGGGUGAUAAAACAGAAGAAUUGAUAUUAGAAGGGGAGUCAACUUCUGAUUUCAGAUUAGUCAGUAUUUCAAGAACAAUACCGUCUCAUUGUGCUUGUAGAACUCCACUAUUUCCUGUGUAUUUCAGUAUUGAUUGCAUCAAUGUAUGGUUUCUGUCUACACAUAAUUCCAUCGUUAAAAUUCUUUUAGUAUAUAACAGUUCAAAUUUUGAUGCACUCGCCUAUGAAUGGAAAUGUCAAGACAUAUCGGAGAUACUGUGCGUCGACAUAUUUCCUCGAAAGGGCAUAUUAUAUCCAAAAGCAGUGCAAAGUUUUAGAAUAAAAAUUUCUACUAAAAAACAUCCUUGUCAAAUCGAUAUUUAUGUACCAUGUGUAUUUUUUAACGCUAGUAAAAGGCGGGAAUAUCAAAGAAGUAUUAUCAAACAUGCUAUUUUAAACCAGGAACUAGAAAACCAAUUCACCAUUACAGAAAAAGGAACUUAUAUGACGAAAUCAUGGAUAGAAAUACUUGACCCACCUGAUCAAUACUACAAAACAUUAAGUUUACGUUGCAGUGUAUAUCCUGUGGAAGAUGAAUGCUUGAAUAUCGACUUAUUAAAAGAAUUGAAAGCUUCUCCAUCAAAUAUAAUUUAUUUUGACGAUAGUAAAAAUUAUACUGUUUUAAGCGAGAAAGAGCUUUGUAUAAUAAAAUUUAUUUUAGAAGGCUUGUUAUGGGAUAUUGUCAACAGUAAAAGAUUUAAGAUACUAAUUGAAAACGUAUUAUUUCCUGAAAGAAAUUUGUAUUAUACGCAAUUUAUGAUGAAUAUUUGGGAACGAAAGAGAUUAAUACGAAGAUCAUACAUAUCUCCGCCGUUAUCGCUUAUUGAUUCAAUACUGGAACAAAUGUUAUUUAUGAUAAUACACGAUGAAUUUUCUCUGAAAACUACACAUUUAAUUCCCAAUGAAGACAUACGGCAUUAUAAUUAUCUUAAAAUGUUACCUAAACAAAAACGAACCGAUCUCGAAAAAGAGUUAGACGAAGAUUAUAAUAAAUCUAAGUUUGAUAAUAAUAAUGACAAUGAUGAUGAUGAUGAUAAUGAUGAUAAUGAUAAUGGUAAUGACAUCGCUGUUGCUGCUGCUGCUGAUAAUGAUGACAUAUAUUUAAGAACUCGAUUUAGAGUGUCCUUCGCAGAAUGAUUAAAAAAAAUAUCUUUAUUUAUAUACAAAUAUACAAACAUACAUAUGAUGUCAAUUAAUUCUUUUCUCAAAUGGAUCUGGAAUACGUUUAAAUACAGCCAAAAAUUUAUAUCCCUUA